AUGUUGCCUCAUGCCCUGAAAGUUGGGAGAGGUGUGCUGAUUGAAAUCGUGCAGUAUGAGAAGGUAUUAGCUGCUGACAGCAGUCCCUCGGCAUCCUCCAGUGCUUCGAGCGAAGCGGUCCGCCGGUUCUCAAAACCUCGUACCAUCCUCCAAUUCUUACCACCUCCUGCCCUCGACAACGACGUCGAAUUCUCUCUCCCUGUCCGCGCAGCACAAAAAGCCAUACAAACGUACAAGAUGUCUAACACACAGAGACCUCAGACAAGCGGGGCGCGGUGCCCAAUAGCGCACCGAAAUGGCGAUCCCGAAGACCUUGAGCGGGAUUUUACCACUCUGGGAGUCGAGGGAACACUGGGAUGUCCCUUUGCGAAAAUGGCCAAUGGACCCGCAUCGUCUGUUCGUGACGAUCCUAUAGCAGCCGAGUUUCACCAAGACACGUACUCAGCACGCUCUCCAAACGUGGAUCAACGUCCAGGUCAAUGUCCUAUCCGGUUCCUCGAUCAACAUUCCCCCGAAGAGGUUGCCAAAUAUUUCGAGAACCACAAGCACGAAAUUCCUCGAAGUCACGAAAUCUGCGUACGAAGAUAUCAGGGCAAUGAAAGCGGUGCCCGACAACUAGAUGCCAAGUACGGCAAUUUGGUGAACAUGAUACAAGGCUUGGGAGUCAAGCACAAAGCAUACCUGCCCGAGCGAGAUAGGAUUGAAGAACAUUCAACUGUGGCAGUUGAGAAAUGGGCCGAGGAUAUCAGCGAACAUGCUACCGGGCCUCCGGGUCAGGACGACACGGUCGAAGAUGAAGAGCCGAGAAUAUCACAUUUUGAUAAACCGCUGCGGGAGGUCCGGGUUGGCGAAUCGCCCAGUCGGCCAUGGGGGAUCUCGGUGCCCGCCGAUAAAGAACCGACGCCCAGCGCCCUCCAAGAGGAAGAUGGCGUGGCACAUCUCAAGGUUCACUCUACGAGUUCACAUCCUGCUCCAGCAGCGUCUCGGCAUGAUCACUCGCAAGAGCAGGGUCAGAAGACGUCUCCGCCAAAGAGACGAACAGAUGACUUUGCUGAGGGCAAAGAGCCCCGGACCCAGAUCAUUUUCAACGGGCCCGUCUUCUUUGGAUAUUCUGCCGAGGAAAUGUCAGCCUUGUUGCAGAACACUAAUCUGGGUAAUGUAAAGCCUGGUGGCGGAUAA